AUGGCACCUUCACUCUUUACCCUAGGCACGGCUGCCCUGGCCUUGGCUGGUGACGCUGUCGCUAAGCAGUUCGUCCUCGAUGACACCUACGACUCCACGAACUUCUUCGACAAGUUUGACUUUUUCGAAAGCAAGUAUGGCACGGGAGACUAUAAUGACGUCGAUCUCACUUCGGGCUACAUCAACUAUCGCACCCGUGUGGACGCCCAGAAGUUAGGUCUCAUCAACAAUGCCGACGGCGAGGUCUACGUGGGCCCUGAUGCCCACAACAUCACCGAGUUCCCCGGUGUUGGUCGUUCAAGUGUGAGACUCGAGAGCAAGGCAAUUUACAACAAGUCUCUCAUGGUCGCCCGCUUUUCUCAUCUUCCUAAGCCUGUCUGCGGUGCCUGGCCUGCUUUCUGGUCCUACGGUUCUCCGUGGCCUAAGAAGGGCGAGCUUGACUUCUUCGAAGGCUGGAACAACGCGGCUGCCAACAAGCCUGCUGCCCACACUUACCUCACAUCCGAACAGGGCCAGUGUAUCAUCAGUGAGACCGGGCAGACGGCCAAGGUCAACACAGCCAACUGUGAUCAACAGGCUCCUGGCCAAUACACCAACGAGGGCUGUACUACUACAGCCACCUCUGCUGAUCCUUGGGGCUCUUCCGAUGGUGGUAUCUAUGCCGUUGAGUGGACAGACGACUACAUCAAGUUCUUUGCCUGGACCCAUUCCGCAGCUCCCAAGAACAUUGGCUCAGACUCGCCCGAUACCUCCUCCUGGGGAACUCCCUCCAUGCUCAUCGCCAAUGACAAGUGCAACAUCAACAGCCAUUUUGCCGAUCAGAGACUUGUUCUGAACAUUGACUUCUGCGGCGUUCUCGCCGGCAAUGAGUACAUCUGGAAGGACCAGUGCGCCGCGUCCACUGGCCACGCUGUCUGCUCGUCGUAUGUCGCGGCGAAUCCCAGCGCCUACAAGGACACCUACUUCAAGAUCAAGGACAUUCGUGUGUUCAAGGAGGGCAGCAAGGCCGUGACGACUUCCGCGUCCUCUUCGUCUACCUCUACCUCGACUUCCGUCUCAACCUCGACCUCGACGUCUGCCACAACGUCGUCUGCUUCGACAUCAUCCGCCUCCACAUCAUCCGCCUCGACGUCUUCCACUUCGACAUCGUCUGCGGUCACAUCGACUACCAUCUCCACAUCGGCAUCUGCCUCGGCGUCCGCCUCUGCUUCCGCCUCAUCCUCGACGAGCGCCUCCAUCUCUGCUUCUGCUAGCGGCUCGGUCACGGCAAAGGACACGUCUGUCAGCACCUCUGUCUCUGGCACUGCCUCUGUCUCUGGCACUACCUCUGCUUCUGGAACCGCGUCUGCCUCUAGCACUGCAUCCGCCUCUGACUCCAAGACCGCCUCUGGAACUCUUUCUGGAUCAGCCUCUGCAUCUGGUUCUAUCUCAGUCUCGGCUUCAGUAUCUGCUUCUGGCUCCGGCUCCAAGUCUGCCUCCGCCUCCAUCACUCCCACUGGCCCAAUUACCACAAGUGCGACCGGCACCAAGCCAGUCACCGCCAGCGCGUCCGGUUCGAUCUCCAUCAAGUCCAACAGCAUGACUGACGAGGAUGUCUGCACCGAGAGCGACGCCAUCAGCACCAAGACUGUCGUCACCAGCAAACAGACCCAGGCGGCUUCGACAACAACUCCUCCCGUCGAGCUCACGACCUCGACAGUUUACACCACCAAGGUGUCUACAAUCACCGCAUGCCCACCUACCGUCACUGACUGCCCAGCCCACCUCGGCAAGGUCACGACGCAGACUAUCGCUCUGUACACCACCGUCUGCCCCGUCUCGUCUGUCCCUGCUCCCAAGCCCACCGAGCCAGUCAAGGGCAACGACAAGCCCAACCCUGGCCCUGGUCCUGCCCCUGGCGUCUCAACCACCACCUUCACUACCGUCUACACUAUCACCAAGUGCCCGCCCUCCGUUACAAACUGCCCCGUGGGAAGCGUCACCACCAAGAUCGUCACGACGUCGGUGCCCUCCGCCGGCACCUCGGUACCCAUCGUGACAAAGGUCGUCCCCACGGCCCCAUCGGGCCCUAACUCCGCCCCCGGCCUGACCAAGACCCUCUCCUCGGUCUCCACGUCUGGUACCCCUCCCAAGCCCAGCGCCCCCGGUGGAAACAACUACGGCUCCGGCUCCGGCAACGGCAACGGCACUAUCCCCAAGCCUCCUCCUGGCUUCAACGCCACCGUCCCGGUGACCAAGCCAACCACCCUCACUGCCUCCAAGCCCGUGGGAACGGCCCCCGGUGCAUCAACAACUAGCUACUCUAGCGCCAGCUACCCGACCAAACCGGCCGUCGUCGUCAACGCGGCCGUCCAAGCGGGUGCCAGCUUUCUGCUAAUGGCCAUCGGUGCCGUCGCCGCCUUGGCUCUGUAA